UACAAGGUCCGGCGUUUCGAGCUCGAGGGGCGGGGUUACUCACUCCUUCUUUGGGGGAGGUUUACCAAAACUGAGCGCUUACAGGUGUCCGGUCCUUUGCACCCGGACUCGGUCGAGCCCCACACCGGGAUUCCCAUUCCCUCCGGUCGGUGACGCCGCUGUGUGACAGCUGCUUGUUUAAUGUCAGGGGGAUUUCGUUUCUUUGUCCCUCUCAAGACUCAAGACUCUGAGGCCAAACAGCCGCAGGCGAAGAAGGAGGCAGAGAAGGGGAAAAGUAAAGCAGCGGCGGACCCUGCCUCGCCCCAGAACCAGCCGGAGCAGCUCCCAGCUGCAGUUGGACACAGCACCCCGGCCAGGAAAGAACAGGAGAAGCAGGAGGAGGACCAGGAGUCCCACAGGUCGUCCACCAGUCGUUUGUCCAGGUCUCCCGUGAGGGGCGUGAAGAAGGUGAAGAUGAUGCAAUGUAAGAUCACGCUUCUGGACGGCUCCGACUACUCCGUCAACGUGGAGAAACGAGCCAAAGGCCAAGUGCUCCUUGAUAAGGUGUGUGAAUACCUCAACCUGCUGGAGAAGGACUACUUUGGCAUCACAUACAGAGAUAUAGAGAGUCAAAAGAAUUGGUUGGACCCUUCCAAAGAGCUUAAGAAGCAGAUCCGGAACGGACCCUGGAACUUUUCUUUUAACGUGAAGUUUUACCCGCCAGACCCGUCGCAACUGUGCGAGGACAUAACAAGGUACUACCUGUGCUUGCAGCUGAGGGAUGACGUCGUUUCGGGUCGCCUGCCUUGUUCCUUUGCCACCCACACGCUGCUGGGCUCCUACACGGUGCAGUCUGAACUCGGAGACUACGACCUGGAGGAGCUGGGCAGCGACUACAUCAGCGAAAUCCGCUUCGCACCCAACCAGACCAAAGAGCUGGAGGAGAAGGUCAUGGAACUCCACAAGACCUACAAGGGGAUGACACCAGCUGUAGCCGAAAUCCACUUCCUGGAAAAUGCCAAAAAGCUGUCUAUGUAUGGGGUUGACCUCCAUCAUGCUAAGGACUCUGAAGGCGUAGAGAUCAUGCUGGGAGUUUGUGCAAGCGGCCUCCUCAUCUACAGAGACAGGCUGCGGAUCAACAGGUUCGCGUGGCCCAAAAUCCUCAAGAUCUCCUACAAAAGGAACAACUUUUACAUCAAAAUCCGACCCGGCGAGUUUGAGCAGUUUGAAAGUACGAUUGGUUUCAAGCUCCCAAACCAUCGUGCUGCCAAAAGGCUAUGGAAGGUCUGUGUGGAGCACCACACCUUCUUCAGGCUCGUGUCUCCUGAGGCGCCACCGAAGAAGUUCCUCAGCCUCGGCUCCAAGUUUCGCUACAGCGGCAGAACCCAGGCCCAGACACGGAGCGCCAGCGCGCAGAUCGCCAGGCCGGCGCCGCUGUUUGAGCGCUCCUCCAGCAAACGCUACAACAUGUCCCGCAGCUUAGAUGGAGCUCCCAUCACAGAGAACCAUGAGACUCCCGUGAAAGGCAACGCCACAGACGGGGCGCCCAAAGUCAUAGCCAAGGAGGACAUCAUCACCACGGUAACGACAGAGAGGAAGGCGGAGGAGGAGAAUGCGGAGCGGGAGGAUGCGCAGGAAGUUGCCGCGGAGACCGACGCCACGACGCCGCUCAGACACGACACGAAGCCCCCCUCCCCUGCGUACGCCAGGGACCCGCUGCGCUCUGAGCUCUCCCUCCCAUCGUCCCCCAUCUCUUCGACCAAAGUGCGGCAGAGGCGCAGGGAGAGCGGCCGCAAGCGGGCGUCGUCGGUCAGCCCGGCCAAGAGCUGCGGCGGCGGCGGCUGCUGGCGGCGGCAGGCCCGCGCCGACCGCAAGGCCGCUCUGCUGGAGGAGCAGGCGCUGCUGCUGUCCGCCCGCAAGCAGCGCCUGGAGAGGGGUGGGCGGCGUGGGGCGGGCGGCGGCACGCUCUUCUCCUUCUCCCUGCACCUGCCCGACCUGUCCUCCGUCCUGGACGAGGACGGCUACAUCACCUUCCCCGAUCUGUCUGAGAUGCGCUUCGUCCCGGAGUGCGCGCAGAACUUCCUCCCCAUCAAGUCGCCGUCCCUCAUCCCCUGCUUCCUGUUCAUCUUCUUCUUCCUGCUCACCACUUCCUUCUCAGUCCCCUACGCCCUCACCCUGUCCUUCCCGCUGGCGCUCUGCCUCUGCUACCUGGAGCCCAAGGCAGCCUCCCUGACCGCCUCCAUAGCCCAGGGCUACCAUGACCAUGACAGUUCAGAGGAAGAGGAGACCGACAGCGAACGUACGGACUUUGCCUGUGAUGGAGAGAUGACCGCCACAGAGUCGGAAGCUGAGGAAGACUCCGAGAUGCGGACUCAGUAUAGUUUCAUAAGACGAGCAAAAGGGGAAAAUGUUUUUAUCAGGCACAGUAAUCUGAUGCUAGAGGACUCUGAGCCUCCACCCGAGGUGGUCAAGCAUCAGACCAACAUCAGCGAGCUGAAGCGCUCCUUCCUGGAGACCGGCAGCAAUGGCGGCGGCGGCGCUCCGGGUCUGACGGAGUGGGAGAAGAGACUGUCGUCGUCACCUCUGCGUUCGCCCAGAGGGGACGAAGACCCGAUGAUAGAGCCGCUGGAGCUGCAGGACGCGAAAGAUGAGCAGACGGAGCAGGAGGCGGGACCUAAAGACACUGUGGCGGCGGUGGGAUAUCUGGUGAAAUACGUGGCGGAUAGCGUUGUGACAGACGGGGCCACCUCCUCGGGGCCCCAUGGCAUUAGCCUGUCCACCACCAUGGACGACGACGUCUUCGUGGACGGGACAUUGAGGGAGGAGGCGGGGGGCAAAACCCAGGACUCCCAAGAGGAGGAGGAAGAGGCAUCGGACAAGUCAGCGACGAAGCUCAGCCCUGGAGCGGUGAGACAAGAAGUGUCGCAGGCCAUCAGCGACAAGAAAGGCACGCUCAUCAUCUUUAAGCAGGCAGAGAACAAAGAGGACGAAGAAACGAGCAAAAAAGAAGGACUGGUGGACCGGGCGGAAUCGGAAACCGACGGCAACAAGGAGCAGAAACGUCAAGCUUCACUAAAAGCUGAGAUUAAAAAUGGCGACGUGAGUCAGAUUAGAGGCGUCGACUCGCCAAAGAAAGCGAUGGCGUCGUGGAUUUCUGAGGAGAAGGUGGAGAGUUCAGAGGUCGUCAGCGUGUUUACAAAGGAAUUGAAAGAGCUGAAGACUUUGGAUGAGCCGCAGCAGAAAGCCGAAGGAAUCCAGCCGAAGUCGAGCCCGACUCACGUUACGGUUUCUGCGUCCUUAGCUGUGUCUGCGCCUGGAUGGGUUUCUCCCUCUCACAAGGUAUCAGCUGACCAGGAGAAGGCGGUGGUCGUUACUGAAAACGAAGCCGAGUCCGCAAAACCAAAGGCUCCUGACGGAGUGGAGGUUGCUGCCAAAGACGUGCCUGUGGUCCACACAGAGACAAAAACCAUCACCUACGAAUCGGCCGAGGUUGACACGAACGGAGACGCGGACCCCGGGGUGCUGCUGAGCGCUCAGACCAUCACCUCGGAAACCACCAGCACCACCACAACCACGCACAUCACAAAGACGGUGAAAGGAGGAAUCUCAGAGACUCGAAUUGAGAAGCGGAUCGUCAUUACCGGAGACGCAGACAUCGACCACGACGAGGCUCUGGCUCAGGCCAUAAAGGAAGCCAAAGAGCAGCACCCUGACAUGUCAGUGACCAAAGUAGUGGUGCAUAAAGAGACAGAGAUCACGCCAGAGGAGGGGGAGGACUGACCCAGGAAUAACCGAGCUCUUCUUCCUGCGAUCACAUCUCACCGUCUGGACUGUCCUCCUCUACGGAUGCUGCAGCUCGCCACUCCACUCGCAAACAUCACCUGCAAAACCAACGAACACACUCUGCAUGAGAAGGACGCCAAGCUGCAUCACCAACCAAACGGCCUCGUCCGAUUCGUUUUUGUUUUUCUUUUAAUGGUCCUGAAUCCGAAGUAAACCUGCUUUCACUGCCUUAUUACCACUUUGAUGCAUUUUUAUGAUUGCUGAGGAUAAUUACUGUAGCAGCGUUUUAUUUAUGAGAUAAAGCCAUCACUCCAGGAACUUGUAAUUGCUGUAGGCUGUACAUGUUAGAGAGCAAACACUAUUUAACCUCAAUGUAGAAGAAAACCAAGCAUUGCUUCACUCCCACACAAUGAUUUUCCACCCGGUGCCACUGUACAUAUCAGAGCCUCUCCAGCAAAGCCAGCUUACGAUGAUCUUUUUAAGGUUGAUUUGUGUCAUUUUAAUUAAUUUCACUUUUAUUGUCUUUUAUUUUUCGCUUUUGUGACGUUUUGGUUUUUCCUCCCCCUGGAGCUCCACUUUCGGCGAGGAAGACGAAAAAACAAAAUGACUUUUUGACGUGCCUGUGCAGGCUGGGAAUGUUUUGUUUUGUUUUUUUGUUUUUUUCCCAGGGCGGGGACGAUCGGCCGCAGCACAAGCUCCGCGUUGGCGUGGCGACGGCGCGGCUGCGGGGCAAAGGGCUCAGAUGGCCGAGCUCCACCCAAAGCCCAGAGAGAGAAAUCGGUUAUCCUCCCUUGACAUCCACAGCUUUUAUCUGCUCCUCUGUUUCACCUGCAGCCGCGUUUUCCACAGCGUAGGGGAGGAAAACGGAGACUGACGCAUUUCUUGUUAAUUUGCAAUUUGCUCCUAAAAUAAUAAAGUGACCACAGUACAGCA